AUGGACGCCAUGCCCGACUACCACUCCUUCCACCCCGACACGGAAGCGGCGCACGACCUCGCGCACUGCGAUGGGCUGCUGCUGGUGCCCACCGACGCCGGCGCGCGCGUGCUCAACCCGGCCACGUCCCGCGUCCUCGCGCUCCCCUCCGUCGUCGCGCCGCCGCCCCCGCUCCCCUCGGGUCGGAUCGUGGGCCACCAGGCGUUCGGCCUCGGCCGCAACCCCCGCUCAGGCGCCUACAAGGUCGCCCGCUUCUUCUACCGCUCACUGGACGAGGUCGAGCUCUACGCGGGCGGCUGCACCUACACCUACGCCCUCGGGGCGGAGGUGCUCACCCUCGGCGGCGGCGGGGGGGCGGACCAGCAAUGGCGCGAGACGCCGGCUCCACCGCCGUGCCCCGUCAUACCAGGGCGCACGGCGACAUUCUUCAAGGGCUCGCUCCUCUUCACCCCCCACGAGCGGGUCCUCGGCAAAGAGGCGCCGGGCUUCAUCCACCUCAGCCUAGACGACGAGUUGUUCGGCGUUACGCCAGGGCCUCCCUGCGACAAGAGGAUUGACUACGCUGCGUCCAGCAUGGCCGAGCUGCGCGGGGAGCUGUGGCUGUGCGCCGGCAGCCCGAGGCCUGGCAUCGGGUCGGUGGAGAUGUGGGCGUGCGGCGACCUUGCCGGCGCACGGUGGGAGCGGCGUCACCUCGUCGAGGCCUGUGUUUUCCAUGGGCACCGGUCUCUUCGUCCGGUGACCGCGUCCGCCGGUGCCAUACUGCUACGCGUCGGACCGUCGCACCUUUGGUGCUACCGUCGGCAGGGUCGUGAGCCGGGUUACGGCGACAUAGUCAACAUGCGACGUAUCGAGUAUCACCGCCACGACCACGAGGUCGUCGAGUACCAAAGGGAUACAAUGUAUGCCGUUUCUGUAAUUCCCUACAUUCCAAGCCUUGUUUCAAUUUAA